GUUGUUCAAAACCUUUAGGGUACGGAUACAAGCCAGACAAAACAUCAAAAGUAUUUCCACUCUUCCCAGCGCAUUCCCGGGCUCUACAUUUGCAUAUAACAGGCUCAAGACUCUGGACUGUGGGUUGGUCCUGAUUUUUCUCCAUCAAAGGACCACCUUUCGGACAUUGGUUCUAGCUGCCCCCGUGCCUGCCCCCGCCUGCGCCCCUGUCUGCCCCUGUUCUGUGUGGGAGUGAUGAGGAGUCCUGUGUGGAGCCUGGUUGUGCUGGUGCUGGGGUGCGUGUCCAGCCCAGUGAAGGCCGACUGCCAGGGGGAGUGUGUGGCCUGUGGGAUCCUCCUACAGGAGCAGCAGAUGGAGCAAGCCUUUAACACUAUGGUGUGCUUAUUGGAGUGUGAAGGUCACGUCUCCUCUUCUCUCACGUGGGAGGUGUGUAAACGCGCCGUGCCUCUGUCCCAGCAGACGACCUUCUCCAACGCCGCUCUGCUCUUCAAAAGAACGGGCGAGGAACUGACCCCCCAAGACCUCCGCUCAGACGCAGAGGGACCCCAGUAUGACUCUGUCCUGAUGGAGUCAACAGAGGAGAGGGAGAGCAGAGACGCGGAGGAAGAGGAGAGCCCACUAGCACCCAAUGAUGAGGAGGAUAAUGCUUCCAGAGCCAUAUCCAAGCGCUUCGGGGGCUUUCAGAGGGGCCGGCACGGAUACAGGAGAAUCUUCAGCGCCCCCAUCAGGCCGCUGCAGAAACGAUACGGGGGCUUCAUUGGGGUGAGGAAGUCGGCGCGGAAAUGGAACAGUCAGAAGAGAGUGAACCAGCUCCUGAGGCAGUACUUGGGCAUGAGGAGCAGCCGUAGUGGUCGCCCCGUCACUCGGGUGUGGAGGGAAGAGGACGACCUAGAAUCUGCCCCCCUUCUGUAAAUACUCGUCCCCCGCCCUCACCGCUGUGUCCCACUCUGAACUGUGAUGUCACAAACAGACUGCACCUUCUGUCUGUCCCAACAAGGAAUGUUCUGUGGAGUUUAAGUUGUGCCAAAAAAGUCAAAUGAAACAUAAGGAAUUAGCCUACAAGUUACAAAAUCCCAUUACACAAAAAUUAGUCAUGUUUUGAUGAAGUCUAUUAUCUGAUUGUCUCCAUAUUAUUAUGUGUGGAAUGUUACACAAUAUGGCAUAAAUGUAUGUAAUUAGCAUUUAUUUGCUACUGGAUCUUCAUUUCUAAGAAAAACCUUGAAAAUCUGGAAAACCUUGAAAAUCAUACCUUCUUAUUGCGAGCCUUUAAGUCUAAACUUGAUGGUUUCACCUGCUUGUCUCCAUGGAGAAAGAUACAUAGAUGUAGUUAUAUGGCAUACUAUGAAAUAUUUCAGGCAAAUCCAAAACAUUUCCAUGGAGACAAGCAGGUAGUGAAACCUGCCCCUGAAAAGUUACAUGGUUCAUCUUUCAUUUAGUAGCUGUAGUAUAAUCUCAUUUGUUGGUGCUUUGGUGCUUUUGUUGCGGUUGUCACUCACAAAUAUCAACAGUGACAUACAGGAUUUCUCUCAAAUAAACAUUAUUAUCUACACCAAUCUGAACACAGUCCCCCCCAAAAGUGGUUAGUGAAAAAUAUAACAGAAAUAUUAGCAAAAGAAAUCCUGUAUCACAUUUUACCUCAAACAGUGCAGUUAUGCUACCCACAAGAUGUUUCUUUUAAUAUUUUUGGCACAAACUGAAUUCCAUAUUUUUUCUUUUGACCUUAUGUCCUUCUUGAAGCAUAUUUUCAUGUCAUUCUGUUGAAUAAAAGAUUGCCUGGAGAAGUGCCAUUGAAUAUGCUGUAUUUUGUGUUUUGAUCUAAUGGGCCAAAUGAGAUUGGAUUUUGUGUAUUUUCAUGCACUUUGCUGUGGACUCAACAUCACGGCUUCAGCAGCUUUUGCACUCUGUAUUUUGUCUAAAGGUAACUUAUUAAAUAACUAAA